UUCGUUCGUUCGUUCGUUCGUUCACUGCCCGACUUCAUUCGACUCCGUCCCUCCCCCGACGCCGUCUCCAGCUUUUGAUGAAAGCUUCCGCCGCCGAGUGACGGGCGAAUUGUGUCCCACCCACAAACCCGCACCGCGUACCGUACAUACUUGGCCUGGAGCCCUACCCGGCCCCAAUCAGAACCUGAGAACCCCCAUUUCCCAUCUUUUCGAGCCCCUGGACACUCGCACACACCCGACACCUUGCGGACGGCCCUGGUGGUACUUUCUGCCGACUAGGUACAACUUUUUGGGCCUCUGGCAUCGUCCAUCGGGACCUAAUAUUUCAGCUCUUUUUUUCAAGGAAAAAGCACCAAGGGACCAAAAAAAAAAAAAAAAAAAACCUUGACCAACAAAAAGUCACUGUCGCAUUCCCAAGGCGUCGACUUAAUUCAGGACAGCGCAGCUCAACUCGCCAACUCGCUCGACUACCUAUUGAGCCUCCUUCUGCUUCACACCGUGGUCUCGUAGUCGUUGGACUGUGGACUGUGGACUAAAGUUAGCUGGCCUUGCCUGGACGAAUUUGCUUGCUCGUGCUUUUUCUUUGGGGUGCUUUUUUGGGCUGUCUCUAGAUGCCCCGCCAUCUGUCGCUCGCCAUCCUUAUCCAGACCCAGAUUUGACAGAUCCUGAUUCCGCCUCUCUCGUCCGCCUUUCUUCCAACCUCACACUCCCAUCCCCUUCGGCCUCGACGUCGACUUCUCUCCAUAUCCACCCUUCAUCAUGGAUCCCGCCGCUGUGAGGUCCUUGCUCGCCACUAGCUUGGACCCUGAUGCAGACAGUCGAAGGCGUGCUGAGCUUCAGUUGAAACAGAUUGAAGAACAGCCCGGAUUUCUCGAAUGUCUGCUCGAUAUUUUACAAGCCGAACAGGAGGCUAGUGUCCGCCUUUCGACCGUGAUUUAUGUCAAGAACCGUGUCAAUCGAUCAUGGUACAAUAAUGAGGGGUACUCUCCCGACCCCCCCACCGCUAUAAUCCCUGAAGAAGAGAAGGCUCGUGUACGAGACCGCCUUCUGCCAAUCCUCGCUACGUCCGAAACCCUCGUCCGCCAGCAGCUCAUUCCCGUCCUCCAACGAAUCCUCCAAUAUGACUUCCCCGCCCGUUGGCCCAAGUUCAUGGACUUUACCGUCGAGCUUCUAAACACGAAUAACCCCGGUUCCGUCCUUGCUGGUCUGCAGUGUCUGCUCGCCAUCUGCCGUGCGUUCCGCUACAAAGCAACCGACAGCGAUGACCGACAACACUUUGACAAGAUUGUGGAGGCAACAUUUCCCCGUCUUCUCGCCAUCUGUAACGAGUUGGUGAACCAGGAGAGCGAUGAGGCUGGUGAGAUGCUUCACUUGGCCCUCAAGGCCUACAAGCAUGCGACAUGGUUGGAACUUUCGCCUUCGCUACGACAACGUGACACCAACAUCGCUUGGUGCACUGUUUUCCUACACACGGUUUCCAAGGCUUGCCCCGCCAAUGCUAUGCAGGGCGAUCAACACGAACGUGAGAAGCAUCACUGGUGGAAGGCUAAGAAGUGGGCUUUCUUCAACCUAAACCGCCUCUUCAUUCGACAUGGCAACCCUGCCAGUCCUGGUAAGGGCGAAGACGCACUUGCUUUUGCCAAGGACUUCACCGCGAACAUUGCCCCCGAGAUCCUCAAGCACUACCUCCAAGAGAUCGAGAAAUGGGUUGCCAAAACCUCUUGGCUCAGCCGACCUUGUCUUUCCUAUACUCUGGUCUUCCUCGACGAGUCCGUACGACCCAAGGAAAUGUGGUCACAUCUUAAGCCUCAUCUUACAAACCUUGUCACCCACUUUGUCUUCCCCGUCCUUUGCCUUACCGAGGAGGAUGUCGAGCAAUUCCAAGAUGAGCCCGACGAGUACCUUCACCGAAAGCUUAACUACUUCGAGGAAGCGUCUGCUCCUGAUGUCGCCGCUACUAACUUCCUGGUCAACCUUACAAAGAACCGCCGCAAGGAGACCUUCGAGAUCCUCAAGUUCGUCAAUGCCGUUGUCACCGAGUACGAGCAGGCUGCGGAUGAUCAGAAGAACCAUAUUGCCAAGGAGGGUGCUCUGCGCAUGAUCGCUACCCUGGCGCCGGUUAUUUUGGGCAAGAAGAGCCCCAUUGCUGAUCAGGUCGAAUACUUCCUCGUCCGUUAUGUCUUCCCCGACUUCACCAGCCCACAGGGCUACCUCCGCGCUCGUGCUUGCGACACCAUCGAGAAGUUCGAGCAGCUCAACUUCCAGGAUCAGAACAACCUCCUUACUAUCUACCGACACAUCCUGGAUUGUAUGGCCGACCCUGAUCUCCCAGUUCGUGUCACGGCCGCUCUCGCUCUCCAGCCUCUAAUCCGCCACGAUGUCAUUCGAACAAGCAUGCAACAAAACAUUCCCACGAUUAUGCAGCAGUUGCUCAAGCUUGCCAACGAGGCUGAUAUUGAUGCGCUCGCCAACGUCAUGGAGGACUUUGUCGAGGUCUUCGCCACUGAGCUCACUCCUUUUGCUGUCGCACUGAGUGAGCAGCUCCGAGACACUUACAUGAGAAUUGUGCGCGAGCUUCUCGAGAAGGAGAGCAAGGUUGGUGAUGACGGUGAGCUCUACAACGAGUAUGACGACAAGAGCAUCACUGCUCUGGGUGUCCUGCAGACCAUCGGAACUCUGAUCCUUACACUCGAGAGCACUCCUGACGUCCUGCUCCACAUCGAGGCUGUCCUUAUGCCCGUCAUCAAGGUUACCCUGGAGAACAAGCUUUACGACCUCUACAACGAAGUCUUCGAAAUCAUCGAUAGCUGCACUUUUGCUGCCAAGUCCAUCUCUCCCACUAUGUGGCAGGCCUUUGAGUUGAUCCACACUACUUUCAAGGCCGGUGCUGAGUACUACCUCGAGGAUAUGCUGCCUGCUCUGGAUAACUUUGUCCAAUUUGGUGCUCCUCAGCUCGCUCAGAAGCCCGAGUACACUCAGGCGCUUUACUCCAUGGUCGCUGACAUGUUCACCGACAGUAUUCAGGGAGGUGUCGAGAGGAUAUGUGCUUGCAAACUGGCCGAGGCCAUGAUGCUUAGCUUAAAGGGCCAGAUUGAUAGCUGUGUCGAGGGUUUCAUCAACAUUGCCAUGAACAUCCUCGCCAACCAAGAUAUCAAAGUAAAGAGCUACCGCAUUCAUCUCAUGGAGAUGGUUAUCAACUCGAUCCAUUACAACCCACUCCUUACCCUUCAGGUUCUUGAGAACAAGGGCUGGACAAACCGAUUCUUCAGUCUCUGGUUCGGCAGCAUGACUUCUUUCACCCGUGUUCACGACAAGAAGCUUUGCAUUGUUGCCAUCUCGGCUCUUCUUAGCCUGAACCCUGAGCACGUGCCGUCAAGUGUCUCCGUUGGCUGGCCAAGAUUGCUUCAAGGCAUUACUGAACUAUUCCGCUCCCUUCCUGCCGCUCAGAAGAACCGCGAUGAGGCUCUCCGUGACGACUUCCACCUCGAGUCUACUUACGACUACGGCGAGGAAGAUGAGUGGGAUGACGACGAGGCCAACUGGAACGCUGAGGAGGAAGAGGAGACAGGCGAGACUAACGAGUCCAAGGACGAGAGCACUGCUUAUCUGAACUUCUUGAACGAGGAGGCCCAGAAGUUUAGCCGAGCAAUUGAUGACGUCGAGGAGGACGAUCUUGGCGAGGACUCUGUCCUGCUCGAGUCACCCCUCGAUAAGAUUGAGCCUUAUCAAUUAUUCCGCGGUACUUUAAUGAAAAUGCAACAAGAGCAACCCCAAUUCUAUAGCAGCCUGGCUGGACACCUCACAGCUGAUGAUCAGAAUGUGAUUCAGUCGGUAAUGGUCAAGGCCGAUGAGAUUGCGGCACAGCAGGUGCAGCAAGCUCAGCAAGCCCAGCUCCUCGCUCAGCAACAGGCUGCUGCGAUGGCGGCCAACCUCAGCGCCCCUAACGGCGGUGCCAGCUAAAGGAUGGCAGUCGAAGGAUGUCGUACACGUAUCACGAGUGAUCUGAGUUAUUGGAGUUGUUUCUGCCCCCAUUUUGUUAUAUCCCUUUCCUCGUUCAUGUCAGGGCAGGAGUAAAGAUUCCCCGGAGACCAAGAAAUGUGUUGAGCCCAUACCAAAAGAAAGAGAAUUAGAACGUGCAAACAACGAUGAGCCCACCUACUGGAGGACCCCCUUCCAAAGAGUGCUGUGGGUAUGAUUGGUAUAGGGGAGCUGGAUUGCGAAGCAUUUUACGAGGGUGUCAUUGACGGGAAAUUUGUGCUGAGGAGAAAUGAGAAAAUGAGCCGAUGACGACGAGACUGCGGAUGAAGCGAGCAAGAGGUUAAUCUGAUUCGAGAGUGCAAGCUGAGAUAGGACGAAGAUGAUAGUCCCGAGAUCAAAAGGAGAGGUGAUCUCUUGAGCUGAGCAGUCCCAGUUUAAAGGUAAACAAACAAACAAGUAAAUACAAUUGAUAGUUCCAUCCUUGGUUCAAACCCAUGGUUUAUCCUCACUCUGCCACAUCAAAGACAGUUAUCCUCGGACGCUGAGGGGGGUGAGUCUGGUUCUACCCCGGUUGUACAUCACACAAACGUUGCCUGUAACCGCAAUCAGAGGUGAUAAGUUUCGUGAUAUUGUUUGUGCC